AUGAAGAAAUCAAAUAUUAAACCACUUCUCUUCACACUUCUCACAUUCAUCGAUGUCCCCCCCAGCGCCUCCAACGUGUUCAACGUCGUUAGCUUCGGGGCCAAUCCGGACGGCGUCACGGAUUCAACGGCAGCAUUCCUCAAGGCAUGGCAAGCGGCUUGUGGCUCGGCAUCUUCAGCCACUAUGAUGGUUCCGACCGGUACGUUUCUAGUGAAGGCAAUAACGUUUGGAGGGCCAUGCAAGAGCGAACUCAAGUUUCAAGUGGCCGGCACCGUCGUUGCUCCAGCAGAUUACAGAGAAUUUAGAAACUCCGGCUACUGGAUUCUCUUCAAAAAGGUUAGCAAAUUCUCACUUGUCGGUGGGACAUUCGACGCUCGAGCUAAUGGGUUCUGGGCUUGCCGGAAAUCUGGUCAGAACUGUCCUCCCGGUGUUAGGGCCGGGUAUGCACUUCCUUAUCUCUAG